GAAGGAAGCACAGACAGUUCAGCCAUAGCAACUCGGCUAGCUGGGGAGGCCUCGGAAGACAUUAAGGUCUCCAGCAGUUGAAGAAACCUCCACGCUUUCAGCGCCGUUAUAUGCUCCACUUCCCGGUGUCUCCCUCCAUGUGGGUGAGGGACCUGUGUGGUGUCGGACUAUGGCGAGAAAAACAGUCAGCAGGAAAAGGAAGGCAGGGGAGCUCAAGGAACAACAGCUUGAUUGGUGCCAGUCUGUGUAUAAGCGUGCCCGUGUAUCCUCUUCAUCACGUCAUGCCCAGCAGUGGUGGCAAGGCCGUCAGUCAAUGGUGUCCGCCAUUCGUGGACGGGAGUUUCGUCCACAGAAGCAGCACGAAUGGCAGUUCCAGCGCAGCUUGCGUGGCUUCGCAGCAGGACGCAUCCCCGGAAUCCUCAGAGAGCGCGAGUUCUCCCUGGGCUGCCUCAACAAGGUGUUUGCCUCUCAGUGGCUCAAUCAGCGUCAGGUGGUGUGCGGGACCAAGUGCAACACGUUGUUUGUGGUCGACGUGCUCACGGGCCAGAUUACUAGGAUCCCGAUGCUGAAGGACAGAGAGGGACCGAAUGGAGGCUCCCAGGGCGUGGGUGCGAUGGGCAACCCAGUCUUUCAAAACCCGGGAUUAGCUGGAGGACUGGAUGCCCAGCAGGGCUGUGGCAUCCAUGCCAUCGAGCUCAACCCAUCACGCACCCUGCUGGCCACAGGAGGAGAUAACCCGAACAGCUUGGCUGUCUAUCGACUGCCCACACUCGACCCCGUCUGUGUCGGUGAUGAUGGUCACAAUGACUGGAUAUUUUCCAUUGCCUGGAUCAGUGACACCAUGGCUGUAUCAGGUUCCCGGGAUGGCUCCAUGGGUCUUUGGGAGGUCUCUGAAGAGGUGCUAAGUCUGGCAGAGAAACAGCAGGCUGAGGAAGGGGUCCCCAGCUAUGCCCACAUCUCCCACCGUGCCCUUAAAGACAUCCCUAAGGAGUACACGCACCCGCAUAACUGCAAAGUGCGUGCCCUAGCCUUCAACAACAGCCAUAAGGAGCUGGGUGCUGUUUCUCUAGAUGGCUAUUUUCAUCUAUGGAAGGCGGAGGACAACCUGUGUAAGGAGCUCUCCACAAAGCUUCCUUACUGCAAGGAGAACGUGUGCCUGGCAUAUGGACUGGACUGGUCUGUGUAUGCGGUCGGCUCCCAGGCUCACGUGUCCUUCCUUGAUCCUCGUCAGUCUUCCCAGAACAUAAAGUCUGUGAGCUCCAGAGAACGUGGCAGUGGAAUUCGCUCUGUCAGCUUCUAUGAGCACAUUGUGACAGUCGGCACAGGCCAAGGCUCCCUGCUCUUCUAUGACAUCAGGGCUCAACGCUUCCUUGAGGGUCCAUCCAGUUCACCCGGCGGGUACCGGAAGACCCCUGCAGAUGGCAUCCUCAAGCUCACCACAGGGAGAGGCUGGCUGAAUCAUGACGAAACGUGGAGAAGCUACUUUUCGGAUAUCAGCUCCUUUCCCAAUGCCGUCUACACACACUGCUAUGAUGACUCUGGAACCAAGCUGUUUGUGGCUGGAGGACCUCUCUGCUCUGGGCUACAUGGAAAUUACGCAGGGCUCUGGAGCUAGCUUUCUUGUCGUCCCUGUUAAGCAUCACUACACAGACUGGUCAUCAUUGCAGCUCUCUGUCUUCAUCUGUUUUAUUUCUGAUUUCAUUGGAUUCAGAACGUCAAGCUUUUUUUUUUUUUUUGGUUAAAUAUUGUGUAGUAGUAAAAAUUGUCGUCUGCCUUUUUUCUUGGUUCCUCAUUUAUUUUGUGUGUGGCGAUGCAGAGUUUUGAGCAGCAGCGAGGCCUGUGUUCAGACUUGGUCCUCAGUCGGAGACUCGCCUCAGAACUCUGACAAAAUGUAAAGAUAUUAAACUAUUUAACAGCCUUUCCAGGAUCUCGGCUGUUCGCUUGGUUUGUACCGUUUUUGUUUUGCAGCAUUUUCCUGUAACAUGUCUCGAAGAUUGGAGGCUUGGAGAAAGUCUGUUAUUUUAGAAUGGACUAUUUAAUGAACCCAGUGAUCGGCCGUGCUCUUGCUUGCAGUGGACUGAAGUACAUAGAGCAAACAAAAAAAGACUGGUAGCAGAACUUAGUUUUAUUGUGCCAUAUUAUGCCAUGAUGAUUGCAGACAGACUAAAGCUCAGAGAUGAUGUCUGAAGGAAAUACGAACAUUGCCAUCGAUGGAUGUUUUCUCUGAUAGUAGAUGAAGUUUUUUUUUUUUUUGUAAGACUAACGCACACAUCACAUUGGUAAUGCUGUUGUUUUUCUUUCAGCAGCUUUAAUUUAUUUCCUGCCCUCAUAUGUCAUUAGCGCUUGUGCUGCUGAUGUACAAUCAUUUUUUCGUUAGCAGUGUUGCUUCUGAGCUCCAGUCAGGGGAAGACGAUUCCGCUUUUCUUCCUCUCUUUUUGAGCAGAGGCAGGGCAGUAGUCCCUUACAUCGUUGCCUUUCCUGAGUCUUUCUGUGAAAGACUUUUGCGAGUCGACUUUUCUUUUUAAACAUGAAACCUUCAUGGAUCAUUGCAAAGGGGGGGAAAAAAAAUUAGAGCAAAUAGAACAGAUUGUGGUUAAGACCCUAUAUUAAACAAAUAACCAUCACUUUUAAAAUGUAUUUUAUAUAUGUGUGUACACAUUUGGAAAUCUUAUAGAGAGAGAAUACAUUUUAUGUGUGUGUGUGUGUGUGUGUGUUUGGAUUAACGGUCUUUAUUUUGGUGGUGCCCUCUUUUUUUAUACACACUACCUGAGUGUUUUUACAACUUGCAGAGUCUGGGGGAAAAAAUGUGAAACAAAGUCGACCAAUUCAAGAAAAUGUUUCAAGUGAGAAUGAAUGAAUAAAAGUC